UGAACAGUUGGACAUUAAAGUCUAAUUGUUGGGAUCUACGCUGUCACACACAUGUGUCAUAAUUUAUUAUUUUUUUCAUGUGAUGUCAAAACCAUUUUUAAUAAUUUUUCAUGUUACUUCUUGAUCUGUCAGAGAGAAGUUAUUGCUCCAUUUUUUCGAAUGAGAUUGAAAUUUGUUGUUAAUUAUGGUUUGUAAAAAGCAACCUUUCAAACUUCACCCGUUAAGCGUUAUUCUAAUCAUACUGGGAUGUACAAUAACUGUUUAUUUGCACAAUAUGGCAUUAAUGGCCGCAGGCGAAGACGAUAAGGGUGAUGAAAAUGAAGAAGCACCGCAAGAAGGAGAGGGAGGAGAAGGUGAAGGAGAAGGUGAAGGAGAAGGUGAAGAAGGUGAAGGAGGCGAAGAAGGUGAGGGUGGAGAAGGAGGUGAAGGGGAGGGAGAAGAAGAAGGCUGAAGAACGUAGAGAAAACAUUUUGUAUCCAAAUUCGUUGUAUCUCCUUAAAUCUCUAGUUACAUUUUCUAAAAAUUUAAAAUUUAUCAGUUAAUUAUAAAUAUAUGGUGGCAGUUAAUAUAAAAAUUGUAAAAUAGA